CCAACCAGCUCACAGCCAAGGAGCUCUUCUGUCCGUCUCACACUGUCCGAGAAUUUAAGCCAGAAAUAACCCCACCAAAACUGAGAAAUUACUGUACAGGAAGUAAUUGCUCAAGUCUAAAGAAAUCCUCAGUCCCCUCAUCCUGAAGUGUCAAGCCACACAGAGAAGGAGAGGACACUGAUAUAAUACGAGAUAAGUGCAACAGGUAACAACAUUAUCAGCAGGAUCUUCCACAUUCAUGCCAGAGUGAGGUGGGACUGAAUUCAAGUUUCUACAAGUUUGAUAACGGAUUCCCGCAGUACCAUCCCCAGCUGUAGCCAUGACUCAGAGCAAUGGGGAGAACGCGCAGCGGACCCGGAGUGGUUUCCACCAGCUCCGGGACAGGAUCCAGUCUCGUUCACUGAUGGCAAAGAAGAGAGUGGAGAACAUCACCAAAGACGAUGUGAAAGGAUUCUUUCGGAGAAAUGCCUUUGUGAUCUUCACUGUUGCUGCUGUUAUCAUCGGCAUUAUCAUGGGAUUCGCCCUGCGGCCUUAUAAAAUGUCUUACCGCGAGGUGAAGUUCUUUUCUUUCCCUGGAGAGCUGCUGAUGAGGAUGCUUCAGAUGCUGGUGCUGCCCCUGCUGGUCUCCAGUCUCAUCACAGGUAUGGCCGCGCUGGACAGUCGCGCGUCUGGUAAGAUGGGUAUGAGGGCGGUGGUUUACUACACCACCACUACUGUCAUCGCUGUGUUCAUCGGCAUUGUCAUGGUACUCAUUAUUCACCCUGGAAAAGGAUCCAAGGAUGAGUUCACCAAGCAGCAGAAGAUUGAGCAGGUCAGCCCGGCCGAUGCCUUCCUAGACCUUAUCAGAAACAUGUUUCCUCCUAACCUUGUGGACGCAUGCACCAAACAGCACAGGACACAGUAUGGCAAGAGAGUGAUCCAUGUGAAGGUGACGGUGAAUGACACGUUAUACGCGCUGAAUGGCAGCCAGGACAUAACACAGGAGGAGGUGAUCCCAGUGUUGGGGUCUGUUGACGGAGUGAACGCCCUAGGCCUGGUGGUUUUCUCUAUGUGCUUUGGUCUGAUCAUUGGGAACAUGAGGGAGCAGGGGCAGCCGCUGAAGGACUUCUUUGACUGCCUCAAUGAAGCCAUCAUGAGACUGGUUGCUAUAAUCAUGUGGUACGCUCCUAUCGGUAUCCUGUUCCUAAUUGCUGGUAAGAUCGUGGAGAUGGAGGACAUCUCGGUCAUGGGAGGCCAGUUGGGCAUGUACACAGUGACGGUCAUUUGCGGCCUGCUAAUCCAUGCCAUCUUCGUCCUUCCAACGCUCUACUUCGUCAUCACAAGGAAGAACCCCUUCGUCUUUAUUGCAGGGCUGCUGCAGGCGCUCAUCACUGCCCUGGGGACAUCUUCCAGUUCUGCCACGUUGCCCAUCACCUUCAAAUGCCUUGAGGAGAACAACAAAGUGGACAAACGUGUGACCCGUUUUGUGCUCCCGGUCGGUGCUACCAUAAACAUGGACGGAACAGCCCUGUACGAAGCCCUGGCAGCCAUCUUCAUCGCUCAGGUCAAUGAUUAUGACCUUAACUUUGGACAGAUUCUCACCAUCAGUAUCACAGCCACAGCAGCCAGUAUUGGAGCAGCUGGAAUCCCUCAGGCUGGAUUGGUCACUAUGGUGAUCGUGCUAACGUCUGUCGGUCUGCCCACUGAUGACAUCACACUCAUCAUUGCUGUUGAUUGGUUCCUGGACCGAUUGCGCACCACCACUAAUGUCCUCGGAGACUCCAUCGGCGCAGGUAUAGUGGAGCACCUGUCUCGCCACGAGUUGCAGAACAAGGACGCAGAGAUGGGCAACUCAGUGGUGGAGGAGGCCGACAAGAAGCCGUACCACCUCAUCUGCCAAGAGAAUGAGUACGAGAACGAGAGAGCUGCUAACAGCGAGACCAAGAUGUAGAGGGAAGAUUUUCUCUGUGGCUGCCUGCAUUCUGAGGAAGAAAAAAAAUAGGCUAUGUGCAUUGAACCUUUUUUUUGUUGUUGUUGUUUGUUUGCACCAGAAAGCUCUACUUCAUUUGUUAUGACACAAACCUUCCCCUCGUGAGAUGGAAGGAUUCACAUAAAAUGGAUCUAUGGAUAGAAUCUAUCUUAUUAAUACACUUAGCAAAGAGGAGUUCAACCAGUGUAGGAUGUCUGAUGUAAAACCCUCUUGAUGCCAUGUAAACCUGAGAUGCUUCUCUGGAAUGCUGCUUUUCUAAGGGUCUGUGCUGUCUCGUUGUAUGUAUGUCUGUCAUAGGGUGGCAGUCGUUUACCGUAUAGAAUGAACUACUCUGAAGCCUGGUGGUCUGUGGUGUAUCUGCAUGCUAUAGCCAACUCCCCUCUGAGUUGUUGUAAGUACUUUCACUCUUAGGGGGGCAGUGUUGCUGCAAGUGGUUGGACACAGUCAAACACAGCACAUACAAGCGCCCACCUUUUCUCACUCUGAUUUGUACACUUGUUUAAUUGUUCAUAGAUGAUACAUUUGAUAAAUCGCAUGGAAGUGGUAGGAAAAAUGUGCAGAAUCACAUAGCAGCAGGAGAAAAGAGUUGGCUAUAGGGCGACCAGGCUCAUUUCUUUUGGGGGAAAGAAGGGCUCUGCUUUCACAAGUCCCUGUACAGACUUUAGUGGCUUUAUUUUGCCUGUGUUCUUUGAUUUUAUGUUUUUGUACAGGUAUACAUUGACAGGAUGAUGGUGUUUAAAUAAUUCAAAGCAGACAUAGUUUCGUCCUCGUCGUAAUUGUCUCUGGCAGUGAAAACUAUUAUUAGGCAAAGAAGCGCUGAGAAUAUCUUGGCAACUGUUGUCAACACUUUGAGCUCUCGUUUCCACAUUGUGUCUGACAGUUCGAUCAGUCUAGUUUUCAGUUGAAUACAUUGUGAAUUUCUUGAACCAAUCAUUAGGGCUGGCAAACCAAAAUAACUCAAGAUUUGAAUUGUGAAUUUGCUGAGAAACUUAUCUGAUCAGCUACCAAGAGAAUUUGAACUGUCCAAAUUGAGAUCAGCAUUUUAAGUAGUCUAAUCAAACUUUUGACCAAAAAUGCACUAAAAUCGUCAUCCAAAUUUCCGGUGUUUUUUGCAAAGAAAUCGCUUCCAUUUCCAAAGCAAAAUAGCAAUGAUUUUAAUUCUAAUAAAUGCCUCACAACACUAAGCUUUUUUACUGAGGCAGACCAAACCUAACCCUGGAAUUCAAAAUAAUGAUGUAGUUUAAACACUCUUUUAGUCACUCACAUGCCAAUAUUUUGCAAUCUCCUAUUAAUAUUUGAUUUCAAUUUGUUUGAUGAAGUAGUGAUUUUAGUAGAUUGGUAAUUUUAGUUCCAAUUUUGUUUUUUACUUUUUGACCAUGAAGCGUUUAAAAUUUAGCCUGACUAUAUUCUAAUCUUGACUAUUUUCAAUUCAAACCACUGUAGGUAAUAAAAUAUUCUUAUUUCAUAUGGUUUAAUAUGGACUAAUGAUAUAAGAAAUUUUACUGCAUUCACUGUGUUUUUACCUUCCUGAAAUUUCUAAGUACUGCUCCUAUCUGAAUAAAUUCAUUACCUGUAGAAAUCUCAUUCUUUGUUAGCAAUAUUGCUUUGUAUAGAAGUUUCCUCUGAAUAUAUUUUUUUAGAGAAAUGUAGAUAUCUGUGUACAUUAAUUGUAGAUUUGAACUGUAAAAGGAUACUUAAACAUGACGUCUGAAAAGAUGCUGUAAUCGUGCUCCUGUCAGAUUUGAGUAGCAAACUAAUGAUCCCCUCGGUUCCUUUUACAGAUGCCUCACCGGCUGACUUAAAUGACCAAAUGUUGUUGUUUUUUUCUACACACUUAAGGAAAAGUAAUAGUUCCUUUGUUUACAAUUGCUGAUGCCUGUCUUUAUAUGACCAUUUCUCUAAUGAAUGCAAAUGUUGAAGCACACACACACAACUGAAUGAAAGUAGUUUUUUUC